AUGCACUCUCUGAAUUCAUGUCUCGGAAAGCUGUCGUCGAACUCCAAAUCUUUUUGGGUCGUAUUUUCUUCCUUCUCUUCCCUGUCUCUUUCUUCAAACCCAGAACCGGAGCGUGCUCUUAUCGAUUACCUGGUCUCCACCUUCAAUUUCUCCAAAUCAAAGGCCAUCUGCGUCACAAAUCGUUACAGGUGUACCAAAUCCCCUGAGAAUCCACGCGCAGUCUUUCUGUUUCUCCAGAAUCUUGGAUUCUCCACCGCCGAUAUCCAAUCCACCGCUCGCGUCUUUCCCCAAAUCCUCUUCGCCAAGAUUGAAACGACCCUUAAGCCCAAAUUCGAGUUUUUUCAGGAUGUGGGUCUUGUGGGUUCAGAUUUGGGUAAGUUCAUGUCCAAGAGUUCCAGUAUUUUGACGAAUAGUUUGGACAAAAAAUGUAAUGUUAUUGUGCAAAGUGAGUCUAGACUGUCCUCCAACAUUGCCUUUCUGGAAAGUUGUGGAAUUGUUGGCUCUCAACUUUCAGUGUUGUUGAAGAGGAAGCCUAGGCUAUUUUCUUUGCCAGAAUCCUCACUUAAGAAACUUGUUUCGCGGGCUUCUAUUCUGGGAUUUUCGAUUGAUUCGAGGAUGUUUGUUCAUGGAUUGUAUUCUGUUAGCUGUUUGAGUGAUGACACAAUUGAGAGAAAAUUGAAGUUGCUCAAGAGUUUUGGGUAUUCAGGGAAUGAGUGUAUGGAGGUGUUAACAAGGGCACCGAGUUUGCUUAGGACCUCUGAGAAGAAGUUAAAGCAGGGACUGGAUUUUUUCCUGUUCUCGGUCAAGUUGAAGAAGGAGGCGCUGGUUCGUCGACCAUGGUAUUUGCAGCGUAGCUUGGAAGACCGUGUGAUUCCUCGAUAUAGAGUUAUACAGAUUAUCAAGUCAAAGAGGCUGCUAAGAAAGGAGCCAAGUUUCUUAUAUGGUUUGGAUUUGACAGAGGAGGUAUUCUUGGAGAAGUAUAUAUCCAAGUUUAGAGAUCAUGCAGAGGAGUUGCUGGUAGCUUACAAGGGUCAUAUGUUGAUAUGGUUCAUAUACUCUUUGUUCAUAUAA